AUGAUUGCCUCCGCUGCAAUACUCGGCCUUUUCGCCCUUCAAGCAAUAUCAGCUCACAUUGAUAGCAUCAGCCAAAGCUUCACCAUCGAUUCUGAGGACACAGACAGUCAGACCAUACACCAUGUUACCGUUGGACAUGAAAAUGCCCCUGUGUUUGUGCCGAGUCGACUUAACGCCAAUGUUGGUGACAAAAUCCAGUUCAAAUUCGGCAGCGUCAACCAUACCUUGACAGAAUCAAGCCUGGAAAAUCCGUGUACACCUGUCAGUAAAUUUGAUACUGGAUUUAACCAGUUCAACCCACAAGAUAGGAGUGAUCCUAUCUUAACUAUUACGGUCAAUUCUCUGGAACCGCGAUGGUUUUUCUGCAGGCAGAAUAACCCGUUUUCACACUGCCACAAGGGCAUGGUGUUUGCUCUCAACCCUGGUGAUGAGAUGAAAGACUUCCUUGAUAAUGCAAAAAGAGAUAGCAGUGGUAGCAGUGCUUUUGCCUAUCCCACCCCCUCAACCCCUGUUUCCAACUCUGUCAGGUUUACACGGGUCAGCGCUCACUCCACAUCAGCAACAGUUGACUCUUCUCUCGCUGGUUCCACUGUUGGGAGCUACUCUCGUAGCUCUGUUGCUACCCAUGCCUCUAUCUCAGCCUCUACAUCUGCUGCUACUAUAUCUUCUUCCAGUCUUAUUUCCGUCAUCCCAAUUAAAGUAGUGACCAUAACAGAAACUGCCACCUGUUCAGCAACCCCGAGAGCAAUGUCUGUCAAACGCACAAACUCUACCUCUGAUGUUGCUUUUAAGGGAACUGGAUAUACAGCUGUUGUCCCUACCGCCACCCUUUUUGCUCUGUUGUUUUCAGCAAUUUUGUUUCUCUAG